UCCAGUGCUUUAGUUUGUACCAUUCGCUUUUAAUAUUAUCAUACAGUGUUUUGGAGAACGGCAGCCCUAGUCACGGAAAAGUAGACGGCUAAGUCUUACACAUAUGGGAUAGUCUGAAACUACUGAUAUUGAGACAACUCGUAAGGGUUAAAAACUUAAAGGGAAGAAAACCAGCUGAGUGAUGUUGAGGUGGGGGAAGGUGGCUGUUGACACGUUUGUUGAACUUUUCUCAGAAAUGAGAACUUUGCUCAGAUACUGGUAAAGAUUACCACCGCUUGAAGAGACUGUCAAUAGCAGUAGAGGAUUCUACAUAAAGCUAAGAGGCACGUCUCAGAAUGUGGAAGUCAAAUGAAGACGCAGCUUGGAGGCCGGCCAGCAGCACUCGGCAGAGAAUUCAAGACGCCUUUCUCUACUGCUCCGGUGAUAUGGCCGAGUUCCGGAAACUCAUGGAUGAAAAGCCCUUUGCGAUGCAGUUGGUGGAAUGGAGUUUCCGCGGCAUGGCGCAGGUCAUCAUGGUGGACAACCCCCUGAGUGGAGUUCUGGUUCUGGCCGCCCUGCUCAUGGAGAGCCCCUGGCAGGCUGUGCUGGGGAUUCUGGGCUUGCUGACAUCCACCUUCACUGCCAUCAUCAUCGGGCUGGACAGUACUGAGGUGACCAGGGGUCUCCAUGGCUACAAUGGGAUGUUGGUGACACUCGUCAUGGGAGUCUUCAGCUCCAGCGGGGACUGGCACUGGUGGCUGCUGGUGCCGGGGUGCCUGGCCGCAGCUACAUGCACAUUCCUCCACAGUGGGCUUAGGCCCCUAUUUGACCCCUGGGACCUGCCCGUCAGUGUGUUCCCCUUCAACACCGUCAUCCUGCUCUACCUCUCCUGUACCGGCAGCACCAACCCCUAUUUCCCUCACCACCCCGCCGACAGACCGGUGGCACCAGAGCAUAGCAACAACACGCAUCUCCAGGGUCUGCAGCUCCUGCAGGGGGUGGUGAGGGGGGUGGGCCAGAUUUAUGCCUGUGAGAAGCUCUGGUCCUCGCUGCUCAUCCUUCUGGCUGUGUUCAUCUGCUCCCCCCUGCUCUGCAUCCAUGCUUUGCUGGGCUCUGGGGCAGGACUGCUGGCAGGGCUCUCAGUAGCAGUUCGCUGCACUUGGCUGUACGCCGGUCUUUCUGGCUUCAAUGGGGCUCUGGGCUGCAUGGCUGUUGGGGGGCUGUUCUUCACCUUCAAUUGGAAGAUCCACCUUCUGUCCAUCACCAGCGCUUUUCUCUCUUCAUAUGGAGAUAUUGCCCUGAGCAACCUUCUGGGAACCGUGGGCCUCCCAGCUUGCAGUUGGGCGGCCACGCUCACAGUCUCACUAAUGCUGCUGCUGACGGCCCACAAUCUGUCCUCAUACCGGAUUCCCAUUGGUCGCGUCAUGUUUCCAGAGAAACACCAGCAGGCACAAGUCCACCAGGCUGGAGGAGACAUGCAUAGCACUGAUGUGUAGUGGGCUAUUCAUGCUCAAACACGUACAAUAAUGGAUAUAGGGAACUUGAUGACUGCAUGGCAGUAGAUUCCAGUUCUGGAUAUUAAAGCACCUCCAGAGGAACUAUACACAGUUUUUGGUCGCGAAAUACUGCCGAAUCUCGUAGUACCACAACCCAGUUCCCUGCUACCCAAGGGUGCUAUUAACACUAGUGUUUUAAAAUUAUAGACUGUCCCUGAAUGGAGUUCCAUUCUGAGAAUGAGACUGGGAGAAGCAUGUAAGGCUGGGAUAGUCCCGUUGCCGUACAGUAUUUUCCCACAGUAAAUGUCGUGCGGUGUGGUUAACGUGCACAAGGUAGAGUAGGGCUGCUAGACGUACAGCACCGGAAAUGUAUUUUUACACACAUUUCCUUAGUUCUUUUUCUCGAACUUCGGACAUAUAUGUGAAUUGUAAGCCGCAUAGAUUGUAAGUCAGGGACGAUCAGCAGUGCACAGUUGACUAUAACCUGGAACACAAUAUAGCAUCAUGUUAAUUAAUUCAUAUACAAUUUCCACGGUCCUACUUGAAGAGCAGUGCUACAUGAGUCUAGUGCAUAUGCGGACACGUGAAAUUUAGACACUAUUUAAUUUGAGCUAAAUUUCUUUUAAUGACUUUCCAUGUUGUGGGCAAUGGAACCCGUGCCCCUUAAAACAGGGGUGAUUCUGUUACAAUCAUAUGUUAUUUUGAAAUGUACUAAAUAUGUAAUGUAUAAAAUGGAUGACAUUCUAUAAGAUCACAUGAUUACAUAAGCUGUGGAAAACAUAGUACUCUGAAAAAUUGUGGCUGUGUGUUUGUUACGGCAAAAAUGUAAUACAUAUAUUAUAAAGUGCAAAAACUGCAGCUGCACAGCCGUCUCCCUGUUACUUGUAUUCCCACCCCCUCAAGAAAUAUUUCACCAUGAGGAAUUCCGGAGUAGGACCCUCCACCCCCCAUUGCGAGGUUUGACUCCAAAGCCCACCUGUGUGGUUGGCCAUCUACGUGACACAUAACAUCCCAGGUGUGAUUCAACUGGAAUUCUUGCUCAUGCUUCCCAGCAAAGGGGCACUGACC